AUGAGAACGCAACUGCCUUUACAACAGAAUAAACAACAGAUUCAUAUACCGAAGAAGCAGUUAUCAUCACCUGCAACCAAUAUGAAGAGUGGAAGACUUUUUUCAAACACUACGAGUGAGACUAUAACACGUAACUUCUUUAGUAUUGCUAUAAUUGCAUUUAUAGUGACCACACUCAAGUAUAUCUUUGACACCUUUUACGAACUUUUAUUGAAACAGUCUCCACUAGUGAUUAUUCAAGAGGACUCAAAUGCUCAAUCUACAGGGGAUGUCAAGGGAGCGCCUCACCAUGACGACGACAAAGAGGAGGAAGAAAAAGAAGAGCCAAAGGACAUUUUAUUUCCUUCAAUGAAUACUACCAGCGACUCUGGCUCUAUUAAGGAACAGAAAGCAGAAGAAUGUCUAGUACCAACAAGUUGUUCUAUGGGACUAACAACUAGACUCCUACCAGUAAAGAACGAAAAUGGCGAAUUGGAAUGGGUAUUCACUGAGGAUGACUCGGUGUUGACCAAGGGCGCAGAGUUGGAUGCAUUCAAGAUCCCUCAACCACAUAACCUCAAACAAAGAGAGAUUAUCAAUGAGUUGUCACCAACCAUGUCGAAUUCAUCUAACGAGACAACCUUAUCAGCAAAGUUGGAAUCAAACACCUCGCUAGGCAAAGAGCAAUCAGUUUCGCCAAACGACUCUUCCCAUGAAUCAUCUUCGCCAUACAUGGAAGAAGAUUUCGAAGAAGGAGAUGGCGGGGAUAAAUCGUUCCAAUGUCCACACUGUGAUGCCACCUUUAAGAUUAGAGGUUAUCUCACAAGACAUUUGAAAAAACACUCUAGCAGUAAGGCUUAUUCCUGUCCUUUCUACUCCCAAAGUAUAUACAGAGAUGAAAACAACAUCACCCAUAAAUGUCACCCCAAUGGAGGAUUUUCAAGAAGAGAUACCUAUAAAACGCAUUUAAAGUCUAGGCAUUUCAACUAUCCCAAAGGUAUCAAGACCAAAAAUAGAGGUAAUAGCGAAGGGCAUUGUUCAAUGUGUGGAGAAUAUUUCAAUAGCGCAGAAAUAUGGUGUGAAAUACACGUUGAAGGUGGUGAGUGCAAAUUCCUUCCUCAAGACUACAAAGGUAAGUCUAGGCUCAAGAAUAGGUUGAAGAAGAAGUUACAAAAGAAUGAAGAAAUUACCGAUCCUGAAUUGUUACCUUUUGCUUCUAAAGUUCUUGAAGAGGUGAAACAACAAAGAAUACAAAAGAGAUUAGCCAGAAAGGAAAGAAAAAAGAAGAGCUUGAAACAACAAGUUCAAGAACAACAUCAAUUUCGUAACGACCACCCCAACCCAGCUUACCAUCAUUUGAAUGCUCCAGUAUCGACAUCACCACCACAGCAUAUGGAUACUCCUACCUCCAUAGCAUCUUCGUCACAAUAUGAGUCAUGUUCGACGCAUUCACCAUUCACUCCACAAACUUCAAAGUCUCCAUUAGGUCUAAUGACAAACAACUACGUCAAAGAAGAUCAAGCUCAUGUCCACAUUGCUGUACCUCACCAUCAGCCUCAACCACAAUACAUACCAACACCAUAUCGGUUUGACCAUAUCACUACGGCUCAUGAUCCAAAACCAAUUAUUAGAGAGGAUUAUGAUGACGAAUAUUGUCUUGAUGUCGAUCAGUUAAGUCCUGCAUCGACGCGACAGUACAAUGAGGUGGCACAAAUUUACAAAAUGCAACAGCAACAGCCAAGUUUGCAGGAGCAAAUGUUGUAUGAACAACAUCAGCAGCAGCAACAACAACAGUAUUUCCAAACAGUACAACGUGUUGGAAGUCAGUAUAUGAAUUGA